UGUUUGGGGCAACUACGUUAAUAUGAGGUCUAUCCAGGAAAAUGGUGAAAUGAAACUUGAACGGAAGAUUGAAGAGAUUGUUGAACCACUUAGAGAGAAAAUAAGAGAUUUGGAAAAAAGACCGCUGUACCGAUUUUUUGGUAAUUUCCGAAUCUGCCGCUAUACCGCUGUACCUAAUUUUCGGUACUUUGCCUAGUAUGUGAAAAAAAUGCGUCACAAACUAAAAACCAACCAAUCGUGGUCAAACCUCAUGGUUAGCCAUUGCAAAUGGCUGCCCCCAUGUGUUUGAAUUGACUUUGUGUGAUUUGACGUGAAAAAAUUCUGAAAAUUCACAAUGAAACGAGCGGCUGAUGAACCAAGCACUUCAACAGGAAAGCGAAGGUUCAGGGCCUCAGCUUCACCCAGAAAUACCCACCUGUAAAAUUUUUAUCCGAAAAGGAUCGUAAAAGAAUUUUGAUAACUGGAGGAGCGGGCUUCGUGGGCUCCCAUCUCACCGACAAGCUCAUGAUGGACGGCCAUGAAGUGACUGUGGUGGACAACUUCUUCACUGGCAGGAAGAGAAACGUGGAGCACUGGAUCGGCCACGAGAACUUCGAGCUGAUCAACCACGAUGUGGUGGAGCCCCUCUACAUUGAAGUUGACCAGAUAUACCAUCUGGCCUCUCCAGCCUCUCCUCCAAACUACAUGUACAACCCCAUCAAGACGCUGAAGACCAACACGAUCGGGACGUUAAACAUGCUGGGGUUGGCGAAGCGAGUCGGUGCUCGCCUGCUCCUGGCCUCCACCUCGGAGGUGUAUGGAGACCCUGAAGUCCACCCUCAAAGCGAGGAAUACUGGGGCCACGUGAACCCGAUAGGCCCCCGCGCCUGCUACGACGAAGGCAAACGGGUUGCGGAGACCAUGUGCUACGCUUACAUGAAGCAGGAGGGCGUCGAAGUGCGAGUGGCUAGGAUCUUCAACACCUUUGGGCCGCGCAUGCACAUGAACGACGGGCGGGUGGUCAGCAACUUCAUCCUGCAGGCGCUCCAGGGGGAGCCGCUCACGGUGUACGGAUCUGGGUCACAGACCAGGGCCUUCCAGUACGUCAGCGACCUGGUGAACGGCCUGGUGGUCCUCAUGAACAGCAACGUCAGCAGCCCCGUCAACCUGGGGAACCCAGAAGAACACACCAUCCUAGAAUUUGCCCAGUUAAUUAAAGACCUUGUGGGUAGUGGAAGUGAAAUUCAGUUUCUCUCCGAAGCCCAAGAUGACCCGCAGAAAAGAAAACCAGACAUCAAAAAAGCGAAGCUGAUGCUCGGGUGGGAGCCUGUGGUCCCACUGGAAGAAGGUUUAAACAAAGCAAUUCACUACUUCCGGAAAGAACUCGAGUACCAGGCAAAUAACCAGUACAUCCCCAAACCAAAGCCCGCCAGAAUAAAGAAAGGACGGACGCGCCAUAACUGAGCACCUCACUCGGGACGGAGACGCCCUGUUUCACACUGAUGAGAUGUACUUUUUCUUUUUUCUUAAAGAGACUUACACAGGUGUCAUGAAGAACAAACUGGAAUUUUAUUCUGAAGCUUGCUUUAAAGAAAUGGAUGUGCCUAAAAACUCCCCUCAAAAACCUGCAAAUUUUGCCUUGCACUUUUUGAAAUCUGUCUUUUUAUGUAAAAUAGCAUCUCUGCGUAUUUUCAAGUUUUUUAUCUUGCUGUGAGAGCAAACGUCAUGACUGUCGUUGACAGUUUUAUUUACUGGUUUCUUUGUGAAGCUGAAAAGGAACAUUUAAUGGGGUGAAAAUGCCGAUUUUAUUUAUAAAAGUGGGACCUAAAAGUGAGACGUGAUACUAUGCAUAAAGCAAAGAACGAGCGAGCAGUGCUGUCGGGGUGGCCCUGGCAUUUCUUCUUUGGUGGAUGAAGAAUUCUGUCUGAGAGCUUUAUGUUUCUUUCAGUUCAGAAUUUUUCCAAGGUCCAGAUUUGAGUUGCAAACUUGACUUUGAACUAUUUCUGUCGGAUAUUUGAAAUCACUACUGUGUUGUGCUGCAUAUUUGGGGUGAGGUAGGGUGGGGGACAAAGUUAAGGUAUUGGUUAACAGUGGUUAAAUAUGCUAUUUUAAUAAAAUAUUGAAACUCACUUUUAAA